AUGGGAACUGGGUUGGGAGGGUACCGUUUUCUCCUUGUAUUCGUGGACACAUUUUCUGGAUGGCCAGAAGCAUUUCCAGUCAAAACUGAAACUGCAACCGUAGUGGCCAAAAAGCUGUUCUUUGAACUUAUUCCUAGAUUUGGCCUGCCGGCCUCGAUAGGCUCUGACAACGGCGCAGCAUUUGUAUCUGCAACAAUUCAAAGCCUAUCAAAGAUGCUGGGAUUGAAAUGGAAAUUGCACUGUGCAUAUAGGCCUCAAAGUUCAGGGCAGGUAGAAAGGAUGAAUAGAACUCUAAAGGAACACAUUGCUAAACUUAAAAUAGAAACUGGCGAUAGCUGGGUCAGUCUCCUUCCCUUCGCCCUCCUCCGGGCCCGGUGUACUCCCAAUUCCUCAACCCUCUCUUUAUCUCCAUACGAGAUCCUCUAUGGAGCCCCUCCUCCUAUUAUUCCAAGAGUAUCUGCAGCUAUUUCAGCCCCAGAUUUUACUAAUCCGACUCUUCUUAAGUCCUUCCAGGCUUUGCGUGAGGUCCAGAACGCUGUGCGCUCGGUCCUGAAAGCUGCGGGGAAAGAACCAGCCCCUGCAACCUCAUCGGACGCCCUGUCACCGAGAGACUGGGUCCUCACUCGCAAGCUUCCAGCUGGACCAGCCCUGGAACCACGGUGGACGGGCCCGUAUCAAAUUAUCCUCUGCAACCCCUCUGCCGUCAAGGUUGCCGGCCGCAAGGCAUGGAUACAUCGGUCACACAUCAAGAAGGCCCCAGAGCCCAACUCCACCGCCUGGACAGCAGAAGCAGUGUCCGACCUAAAGCUUCGACUCUCCAGAACUUGACUCUUCUUCUCUUUCUUUUUGCUUGUGAGAUGACUUUGGGUGACCCCUAUAGCCCUACCCCAUCCAGGUGGAUU